AUGCACAAGGGCCAUCAUAACAUUUUUUUUUUAGGAACCCGUAUUCUUAAAAUACAAAAUUAUAUAAAACUUAAUGCUAUAACUAGAGUUAAAAGACCUUUUGCUUCACAUUAUUCUACUGAAUUUAAACCAAAAACUUUAUACUCGUCACCAAGUUCGUUUCCACCAGAACCACCGAUAGAUCCUUUACCUACCCCGCCCCCAGAACCUGCUGGUGUCAAUAAUCCUAUAGAUUCAUUGCCACCUCUUGAUAAGACUUGUUCUUCAAUUACUUUUCGUAUUCCAACAGAUCGUGAACAAUUGGAACAAAUAUUUACACCAAGGUUAUACGAUCGUUACAUUUCCGAAUUUGACAAAAUAGAAAAAGAGAAAUCCACAAUAAAAAUUGAGCUGCUAAAAAUUUAUGGUUUGGGUAUUCGUGAUAUUUGGUUCACAAUUGCUCCUAAAAAGGUGAUAACAAAUCGUGAAUAUAAUAUCAUUCAAUGGAUGACUUCAAAAAUUGCACUUACAAAAAUUUCGGAAGGAAUGUCCAAUAUUGAACGAAAAUCUCGAAUUUCAUUUUCUGCUGCAAAAAAUUAUGCAUCUGUUAUCAAUUUUAAAGUGGACAUAGAAGUAGAUGCGGAUAGUCCAUAUUUUGAACCUACGGAAAAGAUAAGUAAAUCAGCAGAUGGACAUAACGAUAUAACAUUAAAUUGGAAUUGGCGGGUUGGAGAUAUUGAUUAUUUAUUGGAAAAGGAAGAUUUAGAAAACAAAGGUGAAAAAUAA